GUGGGUGUGGUGGGCGCCACGGGCGCUGUCGGAGAAGAAAUGAUCGAGGUGUUGCAUGCCCGGCAGUUCCCAUUGACUGAGUUGGUCCUUUUGGCCUCCGAACGCUCAGCUGGCAAGAGCAUGGCCACGGCCUACGGAGAGAAGCAGGUAGAGGCCUUUAGCGUGGAACGAGCGCAGUCCUGUGACUUUGUGCUGAUGGCAGUCUCGGGCAGCUUCAGUACUGAGUUCUCCCCUCAGAUUACGGGCAAUGGCAAGACCGUGGUCAUUGACAACUCCAGCGCCUUCAGAUAUCAUGAGGAUGUGCCGUUGGUGGUUCCAGAGAUCAAUGAGUCUGCGAUGGAUGGCAAGCUGUUGAUCGCGAACCCCAACUGCACCACGGCCAUUGCUGCUAUGGCGCUCUGGCCGCUGCACCAACACUUCAAGCUGAAAAAAAUCAUCGUUUCGACCUACCAGGCCGCCAGUGGAGCUGGCGCGCAAGGGAUGACAGAACUGGAGGAGGGGACGCGGCAAGCGCUGGAGGGGAAGGUCUUUCCCAAUGAGGUUUUUGCCCAUCCCUUGCCCUUCAACGUCAUUCCACACAUCGACAGUUUUCAGAGCAACGGCUACACCAAGGAAGAGAUGAAAGUGGUGUGGGAGACCCAAAAAAUCUUCGGUGACAAGAGUCUCGCCUGCAGCUGCACCGCCGUGCGCAUUCCCACCAAGCGUGCACAUUCCGAAGCCAUCACCAUCGAGACUGAGAAGGAGGUGUCGCCUGAGGCCGCCAUGGAAGUUUUGAGCACGGCGCCGGGAGUGCAGGUGGUGGACAAUCCAGCCGAGAAAUCGUAUCCCAUGCCACUCACCGCCACUAAGAAGUACGACGUGGAGGUGGGUCGGAUUCGGCGCUCGCUGGUGUUUCAGCCUUGCGGGCUGGAUCUCUUUGUGUCAGGCGACCAACUGCUGCGGGGCGCGGCGCUCAACGCGGUGCUGAUCGCCGAAGCCAAGCUGUUGAAGAUGCCGCGAUGAGCAAAA